UGCGAGAUUACACAGAGCGAUUUUUUUUUUUUUUUCCAAGUGACUCUUUUGAUCACAUUUUUUUUUCUUUAUUAAAAGUUCAAAUUAAAUUCAUUUCAUUAGAUAAGUUAACUCUUUAGUGGUAGUUCAUUUGAUAGUGAGAAGAUGAGUGAGACAUCGGGGGGCCCCGGCCCUCCACCAGACUUUAAUAUCUACAACGUGCUACAUCGUGGCGAAAUGCCGACUCUCCAAGAAUCGCAGAAAAAGGGAUAUAAAGCUCUAAAACAGAGGUGUUGAGUGAAAGAGUCGCGAGUGAAGUGAUUCCCCAAAUGCCACCACGGAAUAACGAGAAUGCCAAGAAAGCCCCGGCAAUGGAAACUCCUAAGACAGAUAUUGGACAGGACGAAACUCCAAAGUUUUAUGGUGCUGCACCAGCUGUUGAGGAUAUUGGUACAGAUUUCACUUUCAAGCACCAAAUUGUAUGGAAGAAUGCGAUCGCAUAUCUAGGAUUUCACAUUGUUGGCCUCGUAGGACUCCUUAUGGUUCUUAGCUUUCGUGUUAAUCCAUUAACAACGCUCUACACUAUUAUGGUUCUCCUAAUUGGAGGUGUUGGACUUACAAUGGGUGCCCACAGGUAUUUCACACAUCGUGCCUUUAAAGCCAAACUCAUCCCCAGGCGAAUCCUUAUGAUCCUGUUUGUGAUCAAUGGACAAAAUUCACUCUGGGAAUGGGCUAGAGAUCAUCGGCAACAUCACAAAUACUCCGAUACUGACGCUGAUCCCCAUAACGCUAGUCGGGGAUUCUUCUUCUCCCAUGUGGGAUGGCUUUUGUCCCGAAAGCAUCCAAAAGUCUUCCAAUACGGCAAAGGAAUUGACAUGUCAGACUUAGAAGCGGAUUCUUGGAUCAUGUUCCAGAAAAAGUGUGAACAUUGUUGUUUGAAGUACCUACAUAUUAGCAUACAAAAAGACUAUCUACGUUUUCUUUCCAGAUAUUUUCUUCCAAUCUACGGUUUGGUGGCUAUUCUUAUACCCUGCAUAAUUCCUGUUUUACUCUGGAAUGAAGAUCCAAUAAAAUCCCUUGUUGUUUGCUAUUUUGCCAGAACAACCCUUGGACUCAACUUUACUUGGUUCGUCAAUAGUUUGGCUCAUAUUUACGGUACGAGGCCCUACGAUAAAUCCAUUCUUCCUGUUCAGAGUCAAUUUGUAAGUAUCGUUGGCAUUGGUGAGGGAUGGCACAAUUACCAUCAUGCCUUCCCAUGGGACUAUAGAACUUCGGAAUAUGGAACACCUUAUAAUUUCACCGCCAAAGUUAUUGAUUACUGCGCCAAGAAAGGAUGGGUAUAUGAUCUCAAAGCACCCACUGAGGAGUCCAUAAAGAAUCGCGUCAAGAAAACUGGAGAUAAUUCCCAUGAGAAAUACGGCGAUCCUACCAAGUAUAGUGGUGUAGAGACGUGGAAUAAUGUCUGGAUUACCCCUGGAAAUCCCACCUACACUUCAAAAAUCAAACCACAACCCAUAAAAAUUACACGAGAGUACGUCCUUUAUGACACGGAUAAAAAGUUCGAGUGAAUCUCAAAGAGAAUAAUUUUAUGAAGAAAUUUGGUGAGAGGGACAAAUAAAGUUGAAAAAUUGA